GGGUAUAUGAUGCAUUUUGGCCUUAGCUGAGGGGGAGGGAGCCAGAGGGUCCCCUGGGGCCUGGGUGGGGCUGGCCAUAGCUGCGGCUGGCCUGGAGUUUGUGCCCCCACCUUUGCCUGGGUCCUGGACAGCCUGCCCAGUGCAUUUGUCAUCCCCCCGCUGCCAUCCCCCCGCUGCCACGUGCAGAGCCACGAGUGAGGCUACUUCCCUUCCUAGCUGACCCCCCACCCCACCCACUGGACGCACAUCCUGUCCCUGGACAGAGGGACAGGACAGGGGGCCUUGAGUCCCAGUGGCCUGGGGUCAGACCCACGCUCAGCGGCAGAGGCUGCUGGCAACUGUGGAGGGCUCCAGCCUGCCUUGGCUGACCUGACCGCUGGGGAACCAAGCACCGCAUGGCCUCUUUCCCGUGGCAAGCGCAGAGUUGAAGCGCUGCGGCAUGGCGCGCGGCUGCCUCCAGGGCGUCAAGUUCCUCAUGUUCGCCUUCAACCUGCUCUUCUGGCUGGGAGGCUGUGGCAUCCUUGGUGUCGGCAUUUGGCUGGCUGCCACCCAGGGGAACUUCGCCACCCUGUCCUCCUCCUUCCCAUCCCUGUCGGCCGCCAACCUGCUCAUCGUUACCGGCACCUUCAUCAUGGCCAUCGGCUUCGUGGGCUGCAUCGGGGCCAUCAAGGAGAACAAGUGCCUCUUGCUCACCUUCUUCGUGCUGCUGCUGCUGGUGUUCCUGCUGGAGGCCACCAUCACCAUCUUGUUCUUCGCCUACACUGACAAGAUCGACAGGUAUGCCCAGCAGGACCUAAAGAAGGGUCUGCACCUGUACGGGACCCCAGGCAAUGUGGGCCUCACCAACGCCUGGAGCAUCAUCCAGACUGACUUUCGCUGCUGUGGGGUCUCCAACUACACCGACUGGUUCGAGGUCUACAACGCCACCCGCGUGCCUGACUCCUGCUGCCUGGAGUUCAGUGAGAGCUGUGGCCUUCACGCACCUGGCACCUGGUGGAAGGCGCCAUGUUACGAGACCGUGAAGAUGUGGCUCCAGGAGAACCUUCUGGCUGUGGGUAUCUUUGGGCUGUGCACGGCACUGGUACAGAUCCUGGGUCUGACCUUCGCUAUGACCAUGUACUGUCAGGUGGUGAAGGCGGACACCUACUGUGCGUAGGGUGCCCGCUGCCUGCCACCCCUGCCUCGCUGCCAAAGGACACGGCCCACCGGGAGAUGCCCGUGUCCCCACCUUCCUCUCCUGCUGCAGGAGUCCGCACCACCCCUGCCCCCCCGCCAAGACCCUCAGCCAGCUGGGCGAGCGCCGUGCUGGAGGCAGGAGGGGCUUCUGGCACAUUUCAUGUCCGUGUGUUCUCCCGAGCGGCGUCUGCCCCCCUGGCUGGGGUCAUUCGCGAGUGGGGAUGGGGGUGAAGGGCUGACCGCUGGUCCUGGUGCUCCAGGUGGGGCUGCCGCCCCACCACCCACAUUCCACAGCGGAGCCUGGGCAGGCUCUGGGUGCAUCUUAAUAAAGUGUGUGGACAGCCCCCCA